UAAUUGUGGGCACCGCUUAAUUUAAACAAAGCUUCCUUCUUCUAUUUCUUCCCUGCCGGCGUUGCCAUCGUGCAUCAUACAAUCACAAGACACAGAGAGUCAUGGCAACUGAGGAAGAUGAGUUUUACCUGCGAUACUACGUCGGUCACAAGGGCAAAUUUGGCCACGAAUUUUUGGAGUUCGAGUUCAGGCCGGAUGGCAAGCUCCGAUACGCAAACAACUCCAACUACAAGAACGACACCAUGAUUCGCAAGGAAGUCUUCCUCACUCCUGCUGUCCUUAAGGAGUGCCGCCGUAUCAUCUCCGAGAGCGAGAUUAUGAAGGAAGAUGAUGCAAACUGGCCCGAACCAGAUAGGGUUGGGAGACAAGAGCUGGAGAUAGUGAUGGGGAACGAGCAUAUAUCCUUCACUACCUCAAAGAUUGGUUCGCUUGUUGAUGUCCAGAGCAGUAAGGAUCCGGAAGGCCUGCGCAUCUUCUAUUACCUAGUUCAGGACUUGAAAUGCUUUGUUUUCUCUCUCAUCUCUCUCCACUUCAAGAUCAAACCUAUUUAAGGACCUAAUGUCUACCAUUCAGUUUCUUCUAUGGAGUUUAUUGUGCCUAUGAAUUUUGCUUGUAGGAAUUGUUAUUUCAAUGACUUUUUGAUAGUUUGGACCUAAUGUCUACCAUGUAAGGUUGCGGAUGCUUGCCAGGUUUCAGACUGUAAUGCUAUUGUUAUGAAAAGCUUCAGUUUUCAUCAACA